AUGCCCGAUCCAGAACUAGACACACUUGUCAAUUGUGUAAGGGCAAUAGCGGCGUUUGCUGUUAUCGGCGCAGGGCUCACACUCUUCUAUAUGAUAAGGAGCCGAGACAUCGUUCUAUCUAUCUUUAAACUACUAAUUAACGGAAUAGCUCUAACCUUUGCUAUAUCAAGCAUCAAGGAUUUGAAUGACCCAGGCAAACCAAAUAUUCAUGAAGAUUAUAAUCCACAAACACACAGCGCUUUAAUUUACGUCACUCUUACUACUACGGAGAGUAUUAGUUUCGUGGUAUUUGCAUUGAUGCCGACGAUGCCGACGCAGACUUUAAUUGAUGAAUCCGAUAUAAGCGCUCGUGCAAGUGUUAUAGUUGGAGUAAUAGUAGUUAUUUUCGCUGCGAUUCGAUUGAUACAUCAUCGCUGUGUGACUACAUUUGAUCCACCAAAUGCGUUAUUAUUUACAUUGAACUUGUUUAGAGUUUUGCUCAUACCAGUCCAUGUGAAUUCGGACACUGUCGAUGCAGAUGUUCUCCCUGUUAAUUCAGUGGAGCAUGUUCCCUCUGUUAAUGCGAUGGCGCAUGUUCCCUCUAUUAAUAAUGUAGGCAUGGGACAUGUCCCGGCAGGGGGUCAUUGCAAACAUACGGUAGACAAGUUUUUCUAA